AUGACUGAAAAAUCUUGGGCUGAGAAAGCCAUCUAUGAGUUUUUCAUGGUUCGUAAAUCCCCGACACGGAGCCAAUGCGACCGACUUGCUCUUUCCAUUUCUGAGGCGUCAGAAGUCCAUCCGGUCGACGUCCCAGGGUCGUUGAGCUACACCAUCGUCUGUACUAGGACUCAGAAUCAGGAUCGAAAUCAUAAUGAAAGCAUUAUCAUGUCCUUUCGAGAAUCACCGUCCAGGCUCGAUGAGGAGAUGGUCAGACUAGCUCAGGUUAUUCACGGGUGCCUGGUCCCACACGCGAGAAACCACGGCAUUAUGAGUGGUUCAGAUCCACCACUAAGUAUCUACAGCAUGCCCUUAUUACCGGGAGUUGCGUGCUUGGAGAGGCUUAGCUACCAAGCCGACAUGGAUCCUGAUGAAGAAGCCAAGCAUGUUUGCUUUAUAAUACAUCUCGCUAGGUAUAAUCCGUCGCCGUCGGCUGUAGUGCCGAUCUCGAUUAUUUCCGAACUUGAAACUAUCCUACCUCGGCUCUUCGCCAGUGAAUAUCCUCAAGUUCUGAAGCAUGGUGACUUUUCCAAAACCAAUAUCCUUGUCCAUCCAGACACAUACGAAAUCACAGGUAUUGUCGACUGGUCCCUUGCAGCGGUGCAACCUUUCGGCAUUGAGCUGGACUGUCUCUUUCUGAUGACAGGUUUCAUGGAUCUAAGUGGCUGGCACGAUUAUACCUGCCGGCCACGGCUCUGGGAGAUGUUCUGGACCGAGUUCUGGGCCGUGUCGGGGAUCGAGGAUGACGGCAGCCUGCGUCGUGAGAACAUUCGGUCUAUGGCCGAGAAAGCGGCAAAGAUUGGUGCUAUCUUGCGCUAUGCGUUCAGCCGGAACGCCGAUGGCGGACCUUCUGAGAUGCUAUCCACUUCUGAUGUCAUGUUAAGAAUGCUAAAAGCGUGGCUGGACGUGGAAGACACAUGA